AUGCUUUUAAAGCUAUGUCUCAUUCAUAUAAUACCCUUUGCUUUCUUGCUGGCCGGCAGCUGCUCUGGUGAGAGUAUUCUCGAGCAGACUGUGUUGCAAAGCGAUAGCCGACGACCGAUAUAUCUCAUUGCCCACCGCGUUUUGCAUGCCAGUGCGGUCCCACAAGCUCUCAGUGACGGUGCCAAUGCACUUGAGGUGGAUGUGGCACCCUAUAAUGGGGUCUGGCCACAGGAUACCGUGGAAAAAUUGUUUAGCGCUGUUGCCGCGCAGCAUAAAGAUGGGAAGCCAAUUACUUUUCUCUGGCUGGACAUUAAGCACCCAGGCCAUUGUUCUUCGGCAGGCAAUGAGUGUAUCAUCACAGAGCUACAGCAAAUGGCACAAAAGAAAUUGAAGUCCGUUGGUGUCCGAGUUCUCUAUGGCUUCAGCCUGGACCAUUCUAACAGCGGAGCCUGGGAGACCAUUGCUAAGAAUUUGACGGCAAAUGAAGCGAUGGGCCUAAACGCCAGGCUCAAUCGGCCAUCGAUACAUUCUCUAGAGCGCGAUCGUGCUAAACCAAGGAGGCCCAGGAUUGGAAAGGUCUUUGGCUGGACAAUUACAGAUAAAGAGGAAAACACCGACACUGCGGGAACCUUACUGGGAUUCGCGAAGGUUGAUGGCUUAAUCUACGGCGAAGUACUCUCGCAUUACCGAGACAAUGAAAGCAAUCGUAUUGCCAUACGAGAGAUCAAGAAAUGGCUAUGGAAUAACUCCAAAACACACCGUGCGGCAGGCCAAGGAGAUAGCCCUUGGUAA